AACAAACAAUCACCAUGAUAUCGAUAAAUAUGUGUCACCCGUUGUUUGUUUCCGUCUCCCCUUGAGAUGGCUCCUCCGCUUCUCUCUCGCCGAUUUCGCAGCAGCACCGGAAUCAUUGCUUUCGGAACACAAGGCAGUCGGAAACAACAGAAGACGAUUGGCUUCUGAUCGGACGGGGCGGAGAUAGAAUGAGCGCGAGUAAGAAGGCUCCGACCACCCGGACACGCGUCGGGAAAUACGAGUUGGGGAGGACCUUGGGCGAAGGUAGCUUCGCCAAGGUCAAGUUCGCCAGAAAUGUCGAGACCGGUGCCUGCGUCGCCAUCAAAAUCCUUGACCGUGACCAUGUCCGCCGUCACAAAAUGGUCGAACAGAUAAAAAAUGAAAUAUCGUUGAUGAAGCUCGUCAAACAUCCUAAUGUUAUUAAAAUUUUCGAGGUUAUGGCAAGCAAAACAAAGAUCUAUAUUGUUAUUGAGUUUGUGGAUGGAGGGGAGCUGUUUGACAAAAUUGCCAAGCAUGGGAGAUUGAAGGAAGAUGAAGCGAGGACCUAUUUCCAACAGCUUAUUAAUGCUGUCGAUUACUGCCAUAGUAGAGGUGUCUACCACAGAGAUUUGAAGCCUGAGAAUCUUCUUCUGGACUCAGAUGGUGUUCUUAAAGUUUCUGAUUUUGGAUUGAGUGCAUUUUCACAGAAUAUUCGGGAGGAUGGGUUGCUUCACACUGCCUGUGGAACCCCGAACUAUGUUGCUCCCGAGAUACUCACCAGCAAAGGUUAUGAUGGUACAGCAUCUGAUAUUUGGUCUUGUGGGGUUAUUCUCUAUGUACUCAUGGCUGGGUACUUGCCUUUUGAUGAGGCAAAUCUCAUGGCCUUGUAUAGAAAGAUCUUGAAGGCUGAGUUCUCUUGUCCACCAUGGUUUUCCCGUAAUGCGAAGAAACUGAUAUGCCGUAUUCUUGAUCCAAAUCCUCUUACCAGGAUAACUAUUCCUGAAAUUUUACAAGAUGUAUGGUUCAAGAAAGGGUACAAACCCCCGCAAUUUGAGCAGGAAGAUGAUGUAAACCUUGAUGACAUAAAUGCUGCUUUUAAUGACUCAAAUUCAGUGGAACACCUUAUAACAGAAAGGAAAGAAAAACCUGUAUCCAUGAAUGCUUUUGAGCUUAUCUCUAGAUCACAGACCUUCAGUCUUGACAAUUUGUUUGAAAAGCAGACAGUGGGUCUUGUGAAGCGAGAAACAAGUUUUGCUUCCCAAUGUCCUCCGAAUGAAAUUAUUUCAAAAAUUGAGGAAGCUGCCAAGCCUCUAGGGUUUAAUGUUCACAAGCAAAACUACAAGAUGAAGCUAAAAGGUGAUAAAAGUGGGAGAAAGGGCCAGCUCUCUGUAGCUACUGAGGUGUUUGAGGUGGCUCCGUCCUUGCACAUGGUAGAACUCCGAAAAACUGGUGGUGACACGUUGGAAUUUCACAAGUUCUACAAAACCUUUUCAUCCGGAUUAAAAGAUAUUGUCUGGAAAUCUGAAGACGGUGCUGAAGAACCAAGGUGACCGCUAUUGAAGUUCAAUUUUGGCAUGCAGGUCCAUUUCUUGCUUGACUGUGAUGAAUUAUGUUAGGCUUGUGACUAUAUAAAUACAUAUCUGAAUUGUAGCCUGAGAAUCUUCUUCUGGACUCAGAUGGAGUUCAAACUGUGAGUCCAAAUUUUUAAUUGACAAAAAAAAAAAAAAAUUUGCCUGUAAAAUUAUCAAACCUUAUAUGUAGACGCAUGGACCCUUAAAAAAAUUCUAUUACUUAA